AUGAACAAGUGAAUCGUAAAAGUGAGACAGUGUCCGUCGAGAGAAACAGGGGCAGGGUAAAGCACUGUGAGACAGUGUCUGUCAGGGAAACAGGGGCAGGGUAAGACAGAGGGAAACUGUGAAUGAUCAAAAGAGAAAAUGUAACAAAGAAUUCAAAGUCUCAGAGAAAAGCUCUGAUUUAACACUGAGAAGCAUCGGAGAUGGAGAAAAAAGGAGAACACUAGAGAUAAUUUCAGAUAUCACAGUUGGACAGGCGGAGAGUUUGUCUGAAACAGCUAGAAGUCGGCAGUGAGAGGAAAACCAGCGAGGUGGGUAAGGGUUAAUUAACGAUAAGCGAGCAGUCAUUAAAUCUAAACAGGAACUGGGUAAGGCAGAAGGACAGAACGACGGAGAGGGAGUGAGUGAGGAAGGGAGAGAGCACAGGAGGGACAGAAGAGAGAGAAAGAGGGAGAAAGCAAAACAGAGAGCAGAACCCAGGUGAAAAGGGGCCCAUGAAGAAACAAAGCCAGAGUGAGAAACAGGGAUAAAGCCCGGCGUGUCUGCUUGUGCGGCAGAAGGAUUCCAUUGCUCGGGAACAUUGUGGAAAGGAUAACCCUGGCACCAGCAAUGAUUCCGGUAAUCUGGACCAUCCUGAUCCUUACUGACUUAAGCAGCGGCAAGCAACCAGCAGCGCAGGACAUCAGCAAAGGAGUGGACUGGCUGACCCGUUACGGUUACCUGCCACGCCCUGACCCUCUGACGUCCCAGCUCCAGACCCUGGAGAGCUUGACCGAUGCCAUCAGAUCCAUGCAAAGAUUUGCUGGGAUUCAGGAGACUGGAAUUCUCGAUCAGAAAACACUGGACAUGAUGAAGAGACCAAGGUGUUCGCUCCCCGACAUCAUCGGGACCUCAGAGAUCAUGAGGAGGAGGAGGAGGAGGAGGAGGAGGCGGUAUGCGCUGGCUGGAAACGCCUGGAAGAAGACGGCCCUCACCUGGAGGAUCAAGAAAUAUCCAGAGCAAAGCAACCUGGAGCAGAACACAAUCACUCUGUUGCUACACCAUGCCUUCCAGGUCUGGAGUAAGGUCUCACCCUUGGAGUUCCAUCAGCGCCCGAAUGAGGACGUGGACAUUCUCAUUGAGUUUGGGAAAUCUCAGCAUGGCGAUGGAUACCCAUUUGAUGGAGCUGGGGGCACCUUGGCACAUGCUUUCUUUCCAGGGGACCAUCCAAUAUCUGGAGAUGCCCAUUUUGAUGAAGAUGAGACAUGGACCUACAACAGUGAUGUCGGUACAGACCUGUUUGCCGUCGCCAUCCACGAGUUUGGACAUGCCAUCGGCCUGGCGCAUUCCUCGGCAGGACAGUCGAUAAUGCAGCCGUAUUACCAAGGUCCGGCCGGAGAAGUCAGACAAUAUCAACUCCCUCAGGAUGACGUCUAUGGAAUUGAACAACUGUAUGGGAGGAGGCAGCAUCCAAAUGAAGAAAAACCAGAAGACCCAGCUCUCCAUCCAAGUAUCCCUGAGGUUCCAAUACCACAUCCUAGUAGCAAGCCUGGGCAUGAAUCCCCUGACCGCUGUACUGUAACAUUUGAUGCAGUUGCCAAUAUCCGAGGUGAAUCCUUCUUUUUCAAAGAUCAUUACUUCUGGCGCAUGCAACGAGCUGGCAAUCUUGUCUCCCUGAGUGCAGCACAGAUUAAGAAUUUCUGGCGAGGGUUACCUCUGGAUCUGAAGAAGGUCGACAGCGUUUACGAGAGGAUAACUGACCACAAGAUUGUCUUCUUCAUAGGGGCCCAGUACUGGGUCUUCACCAACACGGACGUGGAACCGGGCUAUCCACGGUCCAUUAGGGACUUUGAACUGCCAGUAGACAGCGUGGACGCAGCCUUUGUCUGGGCACACAACGGCAAGACCUACUUCUUCAGAGGGGAUGACUUCUGGCGAUUUGAUGAGCAGCGGAAAAAGAUGGACGUGGGUUACCCCAAGAAAGUGAGUCUCUGGAAGGGUGUGCCGCCUCAUCUGGACGAUAUCAUGGGCUUCGAUAACGGUACCACAUAUUUCUUCAAAGGGUUGACCUACUGGAGGAUGCGAGCUGGUGAAAUUGAGGUUGAAUUUAAGGGUUCGACGCCCCAUGACUGGAUGCACUGUGACGUCCCAGCAGAACCCCCUGGGCCUGAAGGCCCCAAGGCUGGGGAAUGCAGCUGCAUGCAGGCUGGGAAUACAGGCAGGGUCCUGAGUCCUGGUGGAGCCCACCUGGUGAUUGUGCUCUUGGCCCACCUCUGCAGGCGACACUUCCUAUUAGAUUGAACUCUGAGAUCUUGCUGUCCGAUUCUCUGCAAACGCCACCUGCCUGCCCUUGGAUUUGGCAAAGCUUUGGUACAGGACUUGGCUAGAACACAGGACAUUCCAAAGUCUAAACAGAGAAGUCCGGAGAGAAUUAUUGGCACAUCUCUUUGGAGGAAGUUUCAUGAAAAUUGACUAGAAUGACUCUGGGCUCUCUGUCUCUUUUUCUCUGUCCUCUUCCUCAUUAUCUUUUUUUUUGGUGUGGGCAAGGCCAGCUAUUGUCCAGUGCUGACUGGACUUUUGUCUGUGUGCCUGAGUAUGUAUGUGGUUGAUCCAGGGUGUGGGAAGAGGUGGGACUAGCGGGGUAUUGGAUUGAUGGGCGAACGCCAGCUGGAAGGACAAGACGGUGGGCAAACAGGAUGUCACCUCCGUGGUUGGAUUCAAUGUCAGUGUCUGCUGCCUCAUUAGGGAAAGUGAAGGCCUCGCGACUCAACAGUGCACUCUCUGCACCUACGAACAUGGAUGAGGGAUCUGACCGCACGCAAUCCCUGGCCAAUGAAACCGAACUGGUUCUCCUUGGCAACUUCAAUACAAAGGACGUUAACUGUUGGAAAGGUAGGGUCAGCAAGGAAGGAAUGGGAAAAGGAUGCCACGUAAAACAAAAGCUUUUCACUGUUACUGAGGUGACAUUAAUAAACCAAGACCAACCUUC